AGAUGAUCUAGAAUUGCUAACGGAACCAAUGGCGUCCUAACACUAGCAAGGAUUAGAGACAUGAUUCGUUGCAUAUAUAGAUCUAAAUGUGGUACCAGUCCAGCAAUGAAGUUCAGCAACUUUGGACAAUUUUUUGGUAAAAUGGUGCAAUUGAUCGUAUAAACCAUCAACCAUGACAAACAUGGAACAGUAUCAGCAGCUCCCUCAAGUUUCUAUGACAACAGAUUCACAAGUACAACAACCAGUUGUGAUGCAAGGAAUGCCUCUACAAUUACUUCAAGGUCAAAUGUCACUGCAGCAAGGUCAAAUGUCAUUACAGCAAAAUCAAAUUCCCUUGCAACAAGGCAAUAUACCAUUCCAACAAGGUCAGAUUCCCAUCCAGCAAGGUCAGAUUCCCAUCCAGCAAGGUCAAAUACCAAUCCAGCAAGGUCAGAUCCCAUUACAACAAGGUCAAUUUCAAAUACAGCAAGGACAGUUUCCAAUUCAACAAGGACAACUUCAAGUUCAGGGACAGCUACAGCAAGGACAACCUCAGGUUAUACAGUUGGGACAAAAUGGCUUUAUCCAAGGUCAACAAUUCUUUCAGAUGUUACCUAAUGGUCAGCUGAUCCAAGGUCAACCAAUUCAGCUUCAAGGUCAACCUACGCAAAUGCCUCAACAGAUUUUCCUACAAGGUCAAAAUCAGACAUCUGGUCAGUAUGUCCCACUCUCCAACUUUAACCAAGGCCAGUUGUUGGGUCAGUUCCAAGGUCAAAGUCAAGUAGUACAGAACCAAGAUGGACAACAAGCAGUGAUAUAUCAGCAACCGGAAUUACAAAUAAAACAGGAGGACACGUCACAAGACGAACAAGACGCUACACCUGUUACCACAGAAGACUCUGCUAAUGAAAUCAACCAAGAUAAUGGCUCACCACUGACAACCUCACAAUUUAACCAGCAACAAACAUUGCAGUCAACUCUAUCACAGUUUUUAUCAUCAGGGAACCAGAUUACUUAUCCACAGAUAUUAAAUCAGACACCAGGACAAGUAAACUUAUCACAGAUCAUACAAGCCAAUGGGCAAGUCAUUCCUGCCAGUUCGUCAUCGCCUGUCACACCCCAGAUAUUACAGGCAAAUGGGCAGGUUAUUCCUGUCAGCUCAUCUUCUUCGAACAUGCCACAGAUCCUUCAGGCAAAUGGGCAAGUUAUUCCUGUCAGCUCAACUUCGUCUGCCAUGCCACAGAUCUUUCAGGCAAAUGGGCAAGUAAUUCCCGUCAGUUCAUCUUCGUCGGCAAUGCCACAGAUCAUACAGAAUGGAACUAUGCCACAGCUUGUACAGACAGGUGUGGCACCAUCUGUAUUUCAGUCAGGUCAGGUAAUUCAAAGUGGCAUGUUAACACAGGGAGGAAACCUUAUUUCCCCAUCUAUGACACAGUCUACUGGAACAUCAAACACUAUGGGAACACCUCAGGUCAUACAACUUGGACAGUCUACUGGAACAUCAAACACUAUGGGAACACCUCAGGUCAUACAACUUGGACAGGUGCCAGGAAUUCAGAUGUCUUCUGGUGGACAACAAAUUAUGGUUUUGAAUGGAGCCAAUCUACAGAGAAUGCCAAUAAAUGACAACAAUGAAGAGGAACCUCUCUAUGUCAAUGCUAAACAAUAUCACCGGAUACUGAAACGUAGACAGGCUAGGGCAAAACUAGAGGCUCAAGGCAAAAUACCAAAGGAGAGAAGGAAAUACUUGCAUGAGUCCAGGCAUAAACAUGCAAUGCAGAGAUGUCGGGGAGAUGGAGGACGAUUCUUCACGACAAAACUAGAACCCAAUGAUGAAGGAUAUGACGUCAAAUCAGAACAAUCUGAUGAAAUAACUGAUGCAUCUGCUGUUACAGACUUUUUGAAUCUUGAGGAUAGUGACCUUCGACCUCUAAAAAUAAGUGAAGACAACAGCUGACAGAGAUAAGACCGUCAAUGAUGAGACAGAUGGCAGCAAGGGGGGUGGGGUAUAUAUAUAUAUCCAGUCAUGUGCCAUAUUAACCAAACACAGUUAGCUAUAACGAGACUUUUUUUGUAUGAAACCUGCCUUAAUCUGUUGUGACUGGACACAUUCAGGUUACUGGUUACACAGGGGAACGGACACAGUGACGGUAGCCUAUUGAUAGCUGGACACUUAUCUGUGAUACAGAGGUAGAGAAGUUUAUUCCAGGAAAUGAUCUAUAUUAAGUACAUGAUGUAUAUUUAUAAUGUAUGUAGGAAUUUUUCUUAUUACAGGAAAAAAAAAAUUCUGAUUUAAAUACAAUCCUGUGUCUUAAGUUUUGCUUACAAGGAUCUGACAACGCUCCCCUUUACUUUCUGUUCUGGUAAUUAUUACAUCAGCCAAUGAAAUUUAAGGCUUCAAAUUUGUGUAUUUAUCUGAUAAAAAAAAGAGAACCCUGAAAGGUCUUUUAAACAGAAAUUAGAACGAAGUGUUUUCAGAUUCUGGUAAGCAAAGCUUGGACAUAGGAUCUGUAUUUUAUUCAGUUUGGGAAAACAAUUAUUUGAAGUAUUUAUUAAUGCUGACUAUCAAAAUGAGUGUAUAUUAUUGGUUUUGUCAAAAAUGCUACAAAUUCAGUGAUUAUUAAGUUAAUAACUGAGAGAAAUAGAUUUGGUGAACUAUUGAAGUAACUAAAUGUCUUCUUUUGUCUGACUUUAUUGUGUUGUUGAGUUUCUGUCUCAUUGACCUCCACCUCUUCAUUUUGUCAUAUACCUGAAACAUGGAGGGGAACAAAACUGUAUCCCUGUCUAUAUAAAUCUUAUGGAAAGAGUUGGUUUUGAUGUAAUAAUUAAAAGCUUUAAUGCAUUUUCAUUAUACAUACUCAGCAAUUUUACAGACCCAUUUUAACCAUAAAUGUGUAAUGCACUUUUGAAAUAAAAAUGAUUUUCAGACCCCAUACAAUACACUAUGUUCAUUCCACUGCCUUAUCUAUGAUGAGUUUACUCAUAUAGGCAGGGGUACAGUUUGUCCUAAAUUAAGUGUUGUUUCCCUUUGCAGAUGAUUCUGAACUUUUUAAAUAAGUUGGUAAUUGGAAAAUAAAAGAAGAAAGUAGGUGUCAGACCACCAAUUCAAAACCCCCAUAUAAUCAACCACAGUUUUUCAAUUUUCACAGCUUUCUAAAUAUUUUACCUUUAAUUAGUUUAACUCCAUAAAAGCCAGGUAUAUCCUGAAUUGUAAAUUCCAGUUUUCCACCAAUGUUAAAAGUCUUGUGUAGUAUACCACCACCAUUCAGAAGCAGUUGCUACUAAAAAUAACCACCAGUUUUCGGGAAAUCCUAAAUAAGUAUUCUAUGGAAUGGAGUAGACCUGAAUUUUUAAUGCAAAAUCAUGUACAAGUAAAUUUGGCUCAAAAUGGUAUAAUUAUAUUUCUCUUUCACCAAAAGUUUUAUUUCUGCAAAUUUGUUAGUUAUUUUAAGUAAACAAUGAAAAGCACUAUUUUUUGUCAGGGAAGGACUACUUUUACUUUGAAUUGGUGGUCUUGACACUGAAGUACAGCAGGGUACAUGCAUUAGAUAAAAAUUAUGAUGAAAAUUGAUUUAACAAUUCCUACAUGGGUAACAAUAAGUAGCAGAAGGAUAUAUUGUCAAAGGGGAUUAUGGAUUAUAUCAUUUCCUCCGGCCUACUGCUAUGCAUUGUUGGAAGCCCAUUUAUGUUCUACUCUAAUACACUACAGCAUACAUGAAUUUUGUCAUUUCCUACUGCCCACUGCUAUGCAUUGUGGGAAGCCCAUUUAUGUUCUACUCAAAUACAAUACAGCAAACAUGGAUUAUGGCAUUUCCUCCUGCCCACUGAUAUGCAUUGUGGAUUCUACUCAAAAUCAAGUUCAUAACUUUAACUUAUUUUUCCACUGUCUUGUAUGUUUAAUUCUUAUUAUAAAAGAAACUAAAUGGCAUGUGAUCUUUAAAAUAUUGACACAGGUGAAAAUCCUUUGCCAACUGAUUAAGGAUUGAACUUCUAACAUGGUAUUAGGGGAAUGAAUAGUGGACACCAUUUUAUUUAAUAUCUAUAAUUUUUCUAUUAGUGCUCCAUUUUUUAAAGAAAUCUUCAUGCUUUAUUUUAAAUGUUGAGUUACCUCCCAUGUGUGGCUGAUAAUUCAUCUUCGUUUACUGUAUACACAAAGGAGAAGAAGUAAUUUUGGCCUUAUUUAGUCUGUAAAUUUAUCAAAGAUGAAAAGUUGUGUUACAUCAUUAUUGACUUAAAAUCUUCAACAUUAAUGACACAUUUUUAUUUGACUCUGAUAUUAUUAAAAGUCAUAAUUGUUAAGUCUAUAAAAGCAAUAAUGGCAAAUUUCAGGGGUUAUUUGGUUUAAAUUCAUGCCUUAUUUACAUACAUUGAGUUAUCGCCAAUUUUGGGCAGAUUUAAAGUCAUAAGAAAGAUUUGUGAAGUCUUGGCAAAUUUCCCGAUUAAUUUGGUUCAAUUAACUAAGACAUAUAAGAGCAUAUGAAUCUUUUGGUGCCAGUGAACAGAUCGUUACAAAACACACUUCAUGUGUGAAUUUCUUUUUUGGCAAGUACUAUUCUCUAUACUGUACAUACUGUACAAAAUGUGAAAGCCAAGCAGUUACGAUUUUGUGUAUUUUCACCAUUUGACUGAAUUUAUCAUCAUUAAAAAACAAAAUGUGCAGUGUUUUAUUCAAAUACAAAGAUCCAAUGUUUAAUUCUGUAAAUUGAAGAAAGUAAGAAAAACAUUAGAUAUAAGGAUAAAUUUGACCCUAAAUGAUAUCAUACCUUCUCCAUUAUAAAAUGUGUGAUACUAUAAUAUCAAUCCAGCAUAUUAAUGAUUUUUUUCUAAGCCAAAAACACUAUAAUUCCAUAGAAUAAUCAUGUUUGUGUACAUCAUAGCAUCAUCAUAGAUUUGUUUAUUAUAUAGAAUACUGUCAUGGAACCCUAACAAAUAAUUAUAGUGUGCAAUAGUCAAUAGACACAUGCUGUGUUAAACUUCUGAUGUCUAUUUUGUUUGAUGUAUAUGUUUAAACUGCCACAGAUUAAAAUCAUUUUUGUAAAUCAUUGAAAGCCUGGUGAUAACUUAUAUUUCUGUGCAAUGUAUUUUUUGAACAAAUUCAUUCUCAUCUUUGUGUAAUUAAGAAAUAAUAUUUGACGUGGAAUCAAAAGGUAAAAGAGAGGUGAAAGAUACCAAAGGGGCAUUCAAAUGUUGUAAGAUACUUAUAGCAAAUACCACAGCUUUGAUGGGCAAAUUGCUUGGUAAUGGCAAGUUUCAUUGAGAAUUUUUUAAGAGCAGUUAUUUAUAUGAUAAUUUUUAAGAACUGUUAAAAUCUAAAUUCUAAAUUUAAUGAAAAGGAGAUACAUGCUAUACAAGGGUGUGGAUUGGGUUUACACAAUAGGGAAUAAUGACUCCCCCUUUCUUUGCUUAAAUAUAAAGAACAGAGAAUAAUGAGACCCCCCCCCCCCAAAAAAAAAGUAAAAUAACAAAAAUACCGAACUCCAAGGAAAAUUCAAAAUGCCAAAUCAAAAGCUUAAAACACCUGAAACGAAUGGAAAACAACAACUGUCAUAUUCUUGACGUGGUACAGACAUUUCCUUGGAUUAAGCCUGGUUUUAUAGCUAGCUAUACCUCUCACUUGUAUGAAGUUUUCCUGUGUUUUAGGGCAACAGUAUCCUCAGUAACCAUAUUUAUUCUAACCUUUUGAUCUUUAGUGGAUGUUUUGUCAAAUCAAACCCCUGUAUCUUUAUUUUUAUGUUAAAGGGAGACAACUUAUGUUUUUCAGUUUCUCAUUUAUAUGUGUUUUACCCAAGUUCAAUUGGUCAGAGAGAGUACACAUUGUACACAAUAGAUCUGUAUUGUUUGUUUAUAUUAUCUGUUAUUUGUUUAUUUUUAUUUAUAUAUGUCAGCUUUAUUUAGCAUUUACAAUGUUUUGAAAUAGUUUUAGCAUAAGAGAAUUUUACAUCUCAUUGUUUUAACCUUCUUUAAAGUGCAAAAACUUAUUUUUUUUUGCAUUUCUAUACUACAUGUAUUUUUAUUUCUAUAAAGACAAAAAAAAAUAAUAAAUGUUAAUUGUCUUAGAUGCAUUAUUUGUUAAUAAUAUUGUUUAUUAAGGAUUAUGUGUUUUUUUUUAAAGUUAAGAUGAACUGAAUCAUGUUGGCUCAAUACCAUAGUUACCAAUUUGAGAAUCUGAUGCAUUGUGGGUAUAAUAUUUUCAAAUGCAUACACCAAAACAUUGUGAUUGGUCCGAAAUGUUUUAAACAAAAGAACAUUUCAUUUUGGAGAGGGAAUGAAAUCAACCACAAACCUAUAGACUUGAAGAACAAAUUCAUAUAAAAAAGGGGGUGAGUUGCAUACUUGCUUUAAAAUAUAUGUAAACCUAAAAAGCUAAGAAUUUAUUUAUCAGUGUUAUAUCAGAGCUAAACAUAUCAGUCCAGAAAUUUGCUAAAAAAAUAAAAUAUAGAGACUUUUCAGUUGAAAUUGUAUGAAGGAAAUACUUUUAGUCUAAGGUAAAAAUCGGGUAUUUUUUAAAGUAAAAAAAAAGUGUGAAACACUCAGAAUCUGGUCAUUUUUUAAAAAAGGCUAAAAAAUUCAGAAACCAUUUGAUUAACUUACUAUUUUUCUAAACUUUUAUUUUAUCAUUUUAAUGUUAAAUUGAUUUGUGUUUGUUUUCAGAAAUGAACUUAUUUAUAAUUAAUGUAUUGUUGAAAAAAUAAAGAAAUAUAAUUUAGAAA